AUGCUAAAACCAUUCCCAAUUCUGUUGCUGCCACUUCUGCUGGCUACUUUAGUACUGGUACUGCCACAGGAGCGGGCAGUAUUAGCCGAUCCCGAUACCCAGGCUUGCAGCAGUCUUCAGCGGGAAGACAUAGAGCGGCACUUGUCCACCAAGACGCCCUAUAGGGCCAUAGCCAAUUAUGACGAGACGCCGCCGCAAUAUGCGGCUGAUUUCACGAAUUCCAUUCCAUCUCUUCUCUCCACCGGUUUCGCCAAGCAAGGCUGCCACCCCACUCGAAUCUGGUCGGUCAUUCGCCAUGGCACCCGCAAUCCCAGCAAGAAGGUCAUUUUGCGCGCCCAGCAGCGUCUGGUCGAGUUGCAGCAGCGCCUGCUCAGCCAGCCACAUCCUAAUCUCUGCCCGGCCGAAAUGGAGCAGCUCCGUAACUGGAGCUGGGGGCACCUGAACGCCGUCGAGGAUGAGAAGCUGCUGGUGGCCGAGGGCGAGGAUGAACUGAUCGAGCUGGCCGAACGAAUGCAGUUGCGCUUCCCCGCGCUAUUGCCUGAUAUGUACGACCCAGCCUGGUACUACAUGAAAUUUACGGCCACCCAGAGGACGCUCAUGAGCGCCCAGAGCUUUGCAACGGGGUGA